UUGGUCCUGAAACCUAGCUUCAAACCCCGAUAACCCUCUUGUUCAAUAGCACGAAGACACACGAAUCUCUCUCUAGUAGAACCAGCGGCAGCGACAGUAGCUAUGGCAAGCACCGAGCCCGAUCACAGAGAAGAGGAGGAGUCCCCCGCCGCCGAGGAUGAAGACACCGGAGCACAGAUUGCCCCUAUCGUCAAGCUCGAGGAGGUUGCCGUUAGCACUGGCGAGGAGGAUGAAGAUCCUAUUCUCGAUAUGAAAGCUAAGUUAUAUAGAUUUGAUAAGGAUGGGAACCAGUGGAAGGAGAGAGGCGCUGGCACUGUUAAGUUCUUGAAACACAAGGAGAAUGGAAAGGUCCGCCUCGUUAUGCGCCAAUCCAAGACUCUCAAGAUCUGUGCCAAUCAUCUUGUUUUGCCAAACAUGACGGUGCAAGAACACGCUGGUAGCGAGAAGUCCUGUGUGUGGCAUGCAACUGAUUUCGCUGAUGGUGAAUUGAAGAAAGAGCUAUUCUGCAUCCGAUUUGGAUCCAUUGAGAAUUGCAAAACUUUUAUGGAAACAUUUCAAGAGGUUGCUGAGUCGCAGAAAAAGAAUGAAGAAAAUGAGGAUGCUACUGCUACUGCUGGGCUUUUGGAAAAGUUGAGUGUUGAAGGAAAAAAAAAUGAGGACAAAAAGGGCAAGGAGGCACCUGCUGCUGCCAGUGAAGAGAAGGAAACUGAGAGUAUUGCACCUAAGGACGAGAAAGAUACCGAGACUGAGCCAGCAAAGAAAGACUAGCCUGCUACUUGAGAUGAUUGGCAAUGUGGCAAGCUCAGACAAAUACCUCAUCCAUUUCUUCAUCCCUUAACGCUAGUGAAUCUUUGGGCUGGGAUAGUAUGGUCUAUGCAUCCUUAAGUUCGUGUCUAAACAUUUUAUUAAUCUUUGGUUUAUGUUUUCAUGUGGAGGGUUAUGAUUUUUUGUGGUUUGGGUACUCUUGAGAGUUUAUUUCUGAAGGCUUUCACAAACUAUUUAUUUGCGUAGUAAGGUCUUGUUUUAUUGGUCAGCAUGUUGAAGUGGGAGAGAAGACAGGAAAGUUGGGGAACAUUACUUUUUAUGGACAGUUCUAUUGGGAUUUAUUUUUGUUAUUAUUCAGAGUCAUGAACUUGUGUUGUAUGUCAUGUUGAGCAGAAGUUGCUUGCGGUUGUCAAUUCGUCUGUUGAAAAACU